ACGCAAAGAAGUAAAAUGAGAGGGACAUCUGGAAAGAAGAGAGCUGGUCCCCAGCAGAAGAAUCUGGAAGCAGCUCUCCCAGGCAGAUGGGGUGGGGGGUGUCGCUCUGCUGAGAACCCUCCAUCAGGAUCGGUGAGGAAGACCAGAAAGAACAAACAGAAGACCCCUGGGAACGGAGAUGGUGGCAGCACCAGUGAAGCACCCCAGCCACCUCGAAAGAAGAGGGCCCAGGCAGACCCCACAGUUGAAAGUGAGGAUGCUUUUAAGAGUAGAAUGGAAGUUAAGGUGAAGAUUCCAGAAGAAUUAAAACCAUGGCUUGUUGAGGACUGGGACUUAGUCACCAGGCAGAAGCAACUUUUCCAACUCCCAGCCAAGAAAAACGUGGAUACUAUUUUGGAAGAAUACGCCAACUGCAAAAGAUCACAAGGCAAUGUUGACAACAAGGAGUAUGCAGUUAAUGAGGUGGUGGGAGGGAUAAAAGAGUAUUUCAACGUGAUGUUGGGCACCCAGCUGCUCUACAAAUUUGAGAGGCCCCAGUAUGCUGAAAUUCUCUUGGCUCACCCUGAUGCGCCAAUGUCCCAGGUUUAUGGGGCACCACACCUCCUGAGAAUAUUUGUAAGAAUUGGGGCAAUGGCAUACACACCCCUUGAUGAGAAGAGCCUUGCAUUAUUGUUGGGAUAUUUGCAUGAUUUCCUGAAAUACCUGGCAAAAAAUGCUGCAUCUCUGUUCACUGCCAGUGAUUAUAAAGUGGCUUCUGCUGAGUACCACCUCAAAGCCCUGUGAGGGUCUACUGACCACUCACUGUUACAUCUGGUAUCUGUAAAUGCUCUUUUUG